CACAGAUGAUAAAAUAGAAGAUACUCAGAAAGAAGCUGAACAAGCAACCACUUUUUCAGAAACAGAAUUUACAACAAGAGAUGAGCUUGUAUUAAAUGGCCCAUUUUUCAAAGAUAAUAACAAAGAAAACAAUCUUUCUCAAGAAAAUACAUCAUCAGCAAUUCUAAUGAAAGAAGGCUUUACAACUGAGAAUUCUCCAAAAGCUCAAUAA